ACGUGCCAGGGCUCCAACCGCUGCCAGCCCGGCGUCCUGCUGCCCGUCUGGCAACCCGACAACCCCUCCUUCGGCGACAAGGCAGCCCGCGCCAUCGUCUACUUCGUGGCCAUGAUGUACAUGUUCCUGGGCGUCUCCAUCAUCGCCGACCGCUUCAUGGCCUCCAUCGAGGUCAUCACCUCCAAGGAGAAGGAGAUCACUAUCACCAAGGCCAACGGGGAGACCAGCAUCGGCACCGUCCGCAUCUGGAACGAGACGGUCUCCAACCUCACCCUGAUGGCGCUGGGCUCCUCGGCCCCCGAGAUCCUCCUCUCCGUCAUCGAGGUCUGCGGCCACAACUUCCAAGCGGGUGAGUUGGGACCCGGCACCAUCGUGGGCAGCGCGGCCUUCAACAUGUUUGUGGUCAUUGCCGUCUGCGUCUACGUCAUCCCCGGCGGUGAGAGCCGCAAGAUCAAGCACUUGAGGGUCUUCUUCGUCACGGCCUCCUGGAGCAUCUUUGCCUACAUCUGGCUCUACCUGAUCCUGGCCGUCAUCUCCCCCGGGGUGGUGCAGGUCUGGGAAGCCCUCCUCACCCUCAUCUUCUUCCCCGUCUGCGUGGUCUUUGCCUGGGCCGCUGACAAACGGCUCCUCUUCUACAAGUACGUCUACAAGCGCUACCGCGCCGACCCCCGCAGCGGCAUCAUCAUUGGCACCGAGGGCGAGCUCCCCAAGGGCAUCGAGAUGGACGGCGGCUUCCCGGUCCCUGAGCGCCGCGAGGCCGAAGGCACCGGCGUCACUGCAUCGCCUGCCCUGCCCGCCCCCACGCCGGAGGAGAAGGAGCUGGACGAGAGCCGCCGGGAAGUCAUCCAGAUCUUGAAGGACCUCAAGCAAAAGCACCCCGAGAAGGAGUUGGAGCAGCUAGUGGAGAUGGCCAACUACUACGCCCUGCUCCACCAGCAGAAGAGCCGAGCUUUCUACCGCAUCCAGGCCACCCGUAUGAUGACUGGUGCCGGUAACAUCCUCAAGAAACAUGUGGCCGAGUUCUCCAAGAGGUCCUCCACCCUCCUGGAGGUGCCCUCGGACGCCGAAGAGGAGACCUGCAGCCGUAUCUUCUUUGAGCCGUGCCUGUACCACUGCCUGGAGAACUGCGGCUCGGUGACGCUCUCGGUGGCUUGCCAACACGGCGCUGAAGCCAACCACACUUUCUACGUGGACUACAAGACGGAGGAUGGCUCGGCCAAGGCGGGCUCCGACUAUGAGUACAGUGAGGGGACGCUGAUCUUCAAGCCAGGGGAGACCCAGAAGGAGCUGAAGAUCGGCAUCAUCGAUGAUGACAUCUUCGAGGAGGACGAGCACUUCUUCGUCCGCCUCCUCAACCUCCGGGUGGGCGAUGCCGAGGGGAUGUUCGAGACCGACUCGGCCGAGCACCCCAAGGGUCGGUUGGUGGCUCCUUUGGUGGCCACCGUCACCAUCUUGGACGACGACCACGCCGGCAUCUUCACCUUCCAGGAUCGGUUGCUGCACGUCAGCGAGUGCCAGGGGACGGUGGAGGUGAAGGUGGUCCGCAGCUCUGGCGCCCGUGGCACCGUCCUCCUGCCCUACCGCACGGUGGAGGGAACGGCCCGCGGCGGCGGCAUCCAUUACGAGGACGCCUGCGGGGAGCUGGAGUUCAAGAACGACGAGACCGCGAAGACGCUGCAGGUGAAGAUUGUGGACGACGAAGAGUACGAGAAGAAGGACAACUUCUUCAUCGAGCUGGGGCAGCCACGCUGGCUCAAACGGGGCAUCUCGGGUACGGGUGGGGCCAGGAACCCUUGGGACACCACGCUGGGGAUGAGCACCCUUGUGCCACCAACCUGGGGCCAGCACCCCAGCACUGUGGACCCUGGAGCCAGGCAGCUCCGGGUCCACGGUCCCCCUCCCCGCGUUGGGCUGACGGUGACUUCCUCGGCAGGCGAGGAGGAGGAGGAGGAGGACGGUCGGGAGGAGCGUCUGCCCUCCUGCUUCGACUACGUGAUGCACUUCCUGACCGUCUUCUGGAAGGUUCUUUUCGCCUGCGUGCCCCCCACCGAGUACUGCAACGGCUGGGCCUGCUUCGGCGUCUCCAUCCUCCUCAUCGGCGUCCUCACCGCCCUCAUCGGCGACCUGGCCGCCCACUUCGGCUGCACUGUUGGCCUCAAGGACUCCGUCAACGCCGUCGUCUUCGUGGCCCUUGGCACGUCCAUCCCUGACACCUUCGCCAGCAAGGUGGCCGCGCUGCAGGACCAGUGCGCGGACGCCUCCAUCGGCAACGUGACGGGCUCCAACGCCGUCAACGUCUUCCUGGGGCUCGGCGUCGCCUGGUCGGUGGCCGCCAUUUACUGGGCAGCGCAGGGCCGGGACUUCGAGGUGCAGACAGGCACCUUGGCCUUCUCCGUCACCCUCUUCACCAUCUUCGCCUUCGUCUGCAUCAGCGUCCUCAUGUACCGCCGGCGGCCCCACAUCGGGGGCGAGCUGGGGGGACCCCGCACCCCCAAACUCCUCACCGCCGGCCUCUUCCUCGGCCUCUGGCUCCUCUACAUCCUCUUCGCCAGCCUGGAAGCCUACUGCCACAUCAAGGGCUUCUGA